CUUUGUGAGAGCUGUGAGCAUAAAUACUACCGCAACCAAAAAAAUUUUUAAAAGCUGUGAAUAAUCUCCUGUUUUUUGAAGAAUUACUGGGGGAUUCAUGAGAGAUACAGAAUCCAUGGAGCUCUGCAUCACAUCCUGUUUGAAUUCAUCCCUUGUCUGGAUAUCACCGUGACACCAAGUCCUGACAUUCAAUGAAACACUUAUUCUAAGAAGAGGGAAACAAAGACCUCAACAAUGUAUGGCUGUUCUGUUCUUCAUGUACUCCUUAUAUUCCACAUCUUGCCUGUUUGGCUUGGAGGCAAUCUUCAAAUCUCCAAACAACAGCAGAAGAAGAUCCGGUCAACUAAAGCCCCAAAUGGGUCUCACCUAAGAGUGAAACGAGGCUGGAUUUGGAGCCAGAUAUUUGUUGAGGAGGAAGAUCCAACACUGAGAAAGAUUGGUCAGAUAAAAUCAGACUUUGACACAGGGGACUUUACAAUAAAGUACAUUCUGUCAGGGGAAGGAGCUGGUGAGAUCUUUACUAUUGAUGAGCACACAGGUGAUAUUUACACACUACAGCGUCUGGACCGCGAGCAGAAAGCCUACUACAAACUGCAGGCUCAGGCCAUCAACCGCAGAUCCAAACAACCCAUUGAACCAGAAUCAGAGUUCAUUAUCAAAGUCCUGGACAUCAAUGAUAAUGCUCCAGCAUUCCUUAAUGAGCCAUACGUGUCCAGCAUCCCGGAGAUGUGUUCCACAGGGACCACAGUCAUCCAGAUGACGGCCACAGAUGCAGAUGACCCCAUGUUUGGGAACAACGCUAAACUCAUUUACUCAAUUCUGCAGGGAGAGCCAUAUUUCUCAGUGGAGCCAAAAACAGGAAUAAUUGUGACAUCGUGGCCCAAUAUGGACAGAGAAGCCAAGGAGACACAUCAGGUUGUGGUUCAAGUAAAAGAUAUGCUUGGACUUACCGGAGGCUAUACCACCACAACCACAGUGACCAUCAGCCUGACGGAUGUCAAUGACAACGGACCCAUGUUCCAGCACAAUUUGUACACAUUUUCAGUAUCAGAGUCGGCUCCAGUGGGAACAACUGUGGGCAGAAUAAUGGCAGAAGACAGGGACAUUGGCAUGAAUGCAAAAAUAAAUUACAGCUUAGAGGACCUAGAGGAGAGCAGCACCUUCACAAUCCAGACAGACCCAAAAACUCAAGAGGGUAUUAUUAUCCUGGCUCAGCAGCUGGACUAUGAGAGCAAACGGCGGUUCGUCAUUGCUGUAGAGGCCAUUAAUGAAAACAUAGACACUCGUUUCCUCAGUGUAUCUGAGUUUCGUGACAGAACAACACUCAAAAUCAUUGUAACAAAUGUGGAUGAGCCACCCGUCUUCUCCGAAACACUCUACAGAUGGAAAGUUUUGGAAAGCACCCCAAUCAGGACUGAAGUUGGUACCGUCUACGCCAGAGAUAUUGACACCAACAACAACCCUAUCAGAUACAGCAUUACACAAAGCAGUGACACAAGACAGAUGUUCAGAAUUAACCCCAGUAAUGGGACAGUAUAUGUGGCCGAACCUCUGGAUCGAGAGACAUCAGCCUGGCACAACCUGACCAUCACCGCCAAAGAGAUCAAAGAUGAGCAGCUUUUCUCCUCGGUGUCGGUGCUGAUUACAGUAAUGGAUGUCAACGACAAUGUGCCUACCCUGUCCCGAGACUAUCAGCUCUAUGUGUGUGAGGAUACACAGCCAGGAGAGAUCAUUGAGUUGAUCAGUGCCACUGAUAUGGAUGAUCCAGAAGGCGGCCAUCAUUUCUACUUCUCCAUGAUCCCUGACAAACACAUUAACCCAAAUUUCACCAUCAGAGACAAUCAAGAUAACACAGCUGUCAUCCUGGCUCGGCGAAGCACCUUUAGCCAACAUGAUCGCAUGCAGUAUCAUCUUCCUGUGGUGAUCAAAGACAGUGGCUCACCGAUAUUAUCCAGUACCACCACACUUACCAUCAGUGUGUGUAUGUGCCAGCCUUCAGGUCAAUGCCCGUCUAACAGUGUGGAAGCCAAGGCACUCUCUCUGGAUGUCAGCAUGCUGACAGUGCUUGGCUUGUCUGUGUGCCUAAUCAUAUUUGUAGUGCUCUCAACAAUAAUUCUAGCCAUGCAAAAACCCAAGAUGUUAUGUAAGAAGAAACUAGCUAUGGAAGAGCUGGAGACAGAAGAGUUCUCAGACAAAGUUAUGGGUUUUGCCCUCCCUGAGACAGUGUCCUGCCAAAAUGUUUCCUUGAGGCCACAUCCACGGCAGCGAGAGCACAGACUCUGCAGGAAGGAUGUCGCCGCCAGCAUCCGUAUGUCUCUGUGUCACUCCCGUCUUAUUGGACCAGAGGAUGAUGUCUUCCAACAGUUUAUGUUUGACCGGCUGGCUGAGGCAGAUGAAGAUUCAUAUGCACCAACCUUUGACUCUCUCCACACCUAUGCUUUUGAGGGGACAGGGUCUGUAACAGGUUCACUGAGUUCAUUGGAGUUUGACACUUGCGUGAGUCCAGUUCAUUUCCUGCGGUUGUCGCCCUGGCAGGGAGAAGCAGAAGACGAGACCUUGUUCUGACCCGAGGAGAAAUAUCUGAAAAUAGUUAAUAGAAAUAUUCUUACCAUGAUUUAUAUCUUUUGAAUAAUUAAACUUAAACAAUAAUAUGAAUAAUUUAAAUUAUUCAUCCUGCUCAAGCCGCGCUGGCAAAGUUGAUCGAUCAGCUUGGUCAUCUGCAUUUUCUUGAUCAAAUUCAGCUUGUAUUGAUAAGGUAGUAAAGCCGAUAUUAAAGGGGCGGUGAAUAUGUCGAUUUUAUUGUUUUAUACUGUUGUCUGAGGUCUACUUAUGAUGUUCGCAUGGUUUUUACAUUCAAAGACAUCAAAAACAAUAAGUAAUAGGCUAUUUUGUAACAUGGAUUGGUGGCUCUCUGGAGAAAAGCUGCGUUUUAAGGGACGGGCCGCAUUGAAGACCUGGACGUAAACACCCACUGCCAUGAUUGGACGGCUUCAUUCCCCGUCAUUACAUGUGGUGAAAUGUUAUAAAAACAUUAAUGUGUGAAAAUAGCAGCCGAACACAUAUAUGUUUGAGCCACAAAAGAUUCUGGGUGCUAAAGAUGAUACACAUAAAUGACAAUACGUAUAGUAAAGUAGAAGCAAAACUUAAAACUCGACGUGACUAAAGUACCGUAAACAACACAGUAAGCGCUAGGGGUGGCACGGUUCAUGAAAAAAAUCCGAACCGUUCGGUUCGCUUUUCUCGGUUCGGAGCGCGUGUGCGUCGCACGGUUCAACGGUUCAUGGCAUGCGCAAUGUAACCUCAUGCCCUGUAUGUGACCUCAGAUAGCGUGUUUCCCUUUCGCGCGAAAGAAGAGGUGACUGGUUUGGAGUAUAAGUACUGCAGGUUAUGUUACGUGUAGAAAUGGCAAGUGGUAGAGAAAAGGAAGUCUGCCCGGAGUUGGAGGAUGCGCCAGCGUCGUAUGAUGACAGCGGAAAUAAAACAAUAGAUAGAACUGCAGUCUAUGGGUUGAAUGUGUUCGAACAGCCACAGGAGACUGCCUUCUCUCCGACCAUUUAUUUAAUCUGAGGUACACUGUUUCACGUCUUUUCUGCGAACAGCGCUAUAUUUAGCCUUUCAUUGAUAAAACGAAAGCGGCUGAUUUCCGCGUAGUUUCAUUUUGCUAGCGUGUGAAAGUUGCACGAUCUUAUUUCAUAAAUUGCCCCUCAAAGUAAUCAGGACAGAAGUAGUCAAAAGUGGACAAAAGAGACGGAUUUAAAUAUUACAGGUGUAAACGUUAUGUUUCUCUCUCGUCCACAUAUACUCUCUGCAGUAUUUAA